CAGGUGGCUUGAGCUGACAGAUGAGAGAUCGAUCAUGAUGGUUUCGCAUGGUUUAUUCUGGACACUGUGGAUGGUGGCCUGUUUUGAACAAUGUUUGGGCCAAGAUCUUCAGUUUCCUGAGCUGAAUAAUGGAGCAGUAGGAGGAAGUGUAAAGUUCACCCCUAAUAAUCCACCAUCAACAGCGAUCAACCAAUUUACCUGGCAGUUUGAAACAAUUCUUAUAUUGACUGGAAAGCCUGAUUCACCCACAGUAUCCUCAGAAUAUCAAGACAGAGUCUUUUUGGACAAAAACACACUCGCUCUGGAACUCUGGAAUCUGACUUUCAGGGAUUCAGGAUCAUACAAUCUGUCUGUGAAUACUGUUAAUGGCGAUGAAAUUAGAGAACAAACUUCACUACAGGUGUAUGAAAUAAUAUCUGAUGUGACACUUACUGGUCCACAAGAAACAUUAAUUGAGGAUGAAUCAUCUGCUAACAUCACCUCUAAGGGAAGUGGCAACAUCACCUCUGUGCAGUGGAUGAAGGAUAACAGUCCUCUGUCUUCUAGCAGCAGAAUCAUCUUCUCAUCUGAUAACAGAUCAGUGUACAUUAGUCCAGUGGAGAGAUCAGACACUGGAGAAUUACAGUGUACAUACAGUAACCCUGUCAGCUCUGAGACAGCAAAACACACCCUGAUCAUCAAUUAUGGACCAGAUGGUGUUUCUAUUGAGGGUCCAAAUGUGGUGGAUUUAGGGGUUCAAAUAUUUCUAUCUUGCUCUGCAAAUUCUGAACCUUCUGCUUCGUUCAGCUGGACGUUUAAUGGGUCAGACACUGGUGUGACUACAGACAAAUACACCAUUGAUAAGACUGACUUCAACAACAGUGGAGAAUACAUCUGUACAGCCUUUAAUAGAGUCACAAACAGAAGAGAAUUGAAAACACAUGCUUUACUAGUUCAAGCUGGAGGUGGAGGACUAUCAGGAGGAGCAAUAGCAGGGAUUGUCAUUGGGGUUUUAGUUGCAGUUUCAGGCAUUUGUGGCCUGAUUGUCUAUUUAACAAAAACCAACAAAAUCCCAAAGCUAAAGAGUGAAGCACAAAGAAGUGAAGCACCAGCAAAAAGCAAAGAGAAAACCGACUUAACCUAUGUAAACAUCCCUGGUCACCAGAUGACUAGAGGAGGUGAAACGGCUCAGGGGAAGGGCGGUGAUUCUGCAAUAUAUAUGAAUAUGAAAACAGAUCCAAAUAGUAAAGAAGAUGAGUAUGUAAAUGUAAAACAUGGAGUUCCAAGCAGUCAAAGGUGAAAAAAUGAAGAUACUCUACCGAAAUACUACAUCUGCUACAAGAUGGACAGAGUGUGUACUGUAUGUGUUCAAGGUGGCAACCUGUAUAUAUGUCAUGUUACCAAAAUACCUUUUGAUUUUAACUUGUGUUUCACACUGGAAAAUGAGAUCAAGGCCACAAAUAUUUCUCAUAAAAAAAAAAAGAAUUCUAAGCCAUCAGCCAUAUGCAGCCAUGCUAAGAUUCAAAACCUCUCGUUGACUUGAAAAACAUUACAAACUAAAUAAGAGCAAGUCCUAAUACAAUAGAAGGUUGUACUUGCAGGUGAUAUACAAUAAAAUAGAAAGGACAUGACAUACUUUUUACAUACUCCUACAGUAAAUGCUUCUUAUUUAAUGUUUAUUUACAGUUUUUGAAUUACUUGGUGUAAUUUCCUAUAAUACACUGUUAGCUACUACUGCUUCAAUCAAACAGUUUCUCUGAAAUGAUCAGCCAUAUCUUCACCGUGCUUGCACUGGCCAAUACAUACAUAACGCAAUGAGCUUAUACUUAAAUCACUUUUAGACCUGACUACAAUGUCACCUAGAGAUAAUAAAGAAGGAAGUAGUUAUGCUUUAUCAUAAACAGCGUGUUGUGAUAAUAAUAUUUAUAUACUUAUAUAAAAGUUGUAUUAUCUGAACAUCAAAGUAGAUUGUUUAUCAUCUUUCCAGUUAAUAUGAUAUAACUACUGUCAUGUUGUUUAAAAAAAAAAAAA